GUGUUUUUGUAGCUUUUUUGGUCAAAAGAAAAGUCAGAUCUGCGGGUGAGAUGGGAUGGGGCUUCGUGGUGGUGUUACUGACGAUGGCAAUGGUUAUUCAAAGGACAAGUUCUAUUAGAGCGAACUGGGGCACGCAAGCCUCGCACCCUCUUCCUCCGGACACAGUGGUGCGAAUGCUAAGAGACAAUAAUAUUCAGAAAGUGAAGCUAUUCGACGCUGAAUACGACACUCUCAAGGCUCUGGGCGAAUCAAGAAUCGAAGUUAUGGUCGGUAUUCCUAAUGAGAUGCUGUCCACUCUCGCUUCCAGCCUCAAAGCCGCUGAGAAAUGGGUUGCUAUAAAUGUUUCUACUCACAUCUCAACAAACAACGUCAACAUCAGAUACGUUGCUGUUGGCAAUGAACCUUUCCUGUCAAGUUAUAACGGAAGCUAUCUCAACACAACUUUCCCUGCUCUAAGAAACAUCCAAACUGCGUUAACAAAAGCUGGUCUCCAGAACCAAGUGAAAGUCACAUGUCCUCUCAACGCUGAUGUCUACGAGACCUCCACCACACUCCCUUCCGGAGGUAACUUCAGAGCCAACAUCCAUGAUCUCAUGAUCACAAUCGUCAAGUUCUUGAGCGAAAACGACAGCCCCUUCACCGUUAACAUCUAUCCAUUCAUCAGUCUCUACAACGACGACAAAUUCCCAAUCGAUUACGCCUUAGGCGUCUCGAAGCCCCUGAGCGAUGGUGAGACUCUCUACAACAACAUGUUCGAUGCAAACUACGACACUCUUGUUCACGCCCUGGAGAAGAAUGGGUUUGGAAAAAUGCCUAUCGUAGUUGGUGAGAUCGGUUGGCCUACGGGUGGGGACAAGAAUGCCAACGUGGAGUUCGCUAGAAAGUUCAACCAAGGCUUCAUGGAUCAUAUCUCAGGUGGGAAAGGGACUCCAAAGAGGCCUGGCCCAAUAGAUGCGUACCUGUUCAGUUUGAUAGAUGAGGAUCGCAAAAGUGUUGAGCCUGGUUACUUUGAGAGACAUUGGGGGUUAUUCACAUUUGAUGGGUUACCUAAAUAUGCAUUCAACUUGGGAACAACCAACACAGGAGCUUUGGUGCAGGCCAAAGAAGUGAACUAUCUAAUGAAGAAGUGGUGUGUGAUGAAGCCGAACGUGAGGUUGGAUGAUCCUCAGGUGGCAGCUAGCGUGAGCUUCGCGUGUAGCCGCGGGGACUGCACCAGUCUUGGUGUUGGGACGUCGUGUGGGAAACUUGAUGGGAAGGAAAACGUAUCGUAUGCUUUUAAUAGUUAUUAUCAGAUGAACGACCAGGAGGAUAAAGCGUGUAAGUUUUCAAACAUAUCGGAGGUGACCAAGACGGAUCCUUCUACGGAAACAUGCAGGUUUCCGAUUAUGAUAUUGCCUUAUUACAGUGAGGCUGCUCAGGGACAAGUGUUCUUCUUGCCACUUCUGAUGGCUACAGCUAUAGUUUUGCUCUCUGUUUUCUGAUGGCUUCUUGUCAAAUUUGUAACUCUUUUUAUGUGUGGUGUGGUGUGGUGUGGCUUUUCUUCUUUCUAUUCUUGGAUUCUAAUAUCAAAUUGAUGCAAGGAGCUUGUUUUGAGUUUAG